GACGUGUCCUUGGUAAAUUCGUCAGAUCCAACUUCUCCGCUCAUUCGGUAUUCCCUGAUUCCCCCACCAAACAUGACAACCGAUUGCCUAUUGCGCGACAGCAGUUUUCCGCCGUGUCUCUCCCCGUUCCCGCAACAUCAACUUCAAACAUCCUCACCGUGGGAAAUGCAUCGCCUGCAACGAACGCAUCGCCGUUCCCCGUCCCUGUCCGUCGUCGAGGCGUCGCAGAGAAUCGCAUGCGAUCCCUGCGACUUUCGGGCGCCCACUGCGAACGUCGCAGCUAACAACGGCGCGAAUCGCCGUGUAAUGAUCGCCGCUCCUGAUGUCUCCGCAGCCGCCCAACCUCCAAACCCGGCUCCAGUCACAAGCGCGGCGCGAGUCACGUGGAAGAAACCUGGGAUGGCGCUGCCCCCGCUCGUCCGUCGAUCUACAGUCGGAUCCGACGGCGAUUACUUUAACUGCAAGGACCAUAUGGAAGACUCUUGGUGCCCUAGCCCAAGCCCAAGCCCUCGAGAUGCGCGCUUCGAUUUUCCGGGGGAAAGGUGGGUUGACCCCGCGUCACCACUUCCGCCCAUGUCGCCCGCCGGCGCGCGGGGAAGAUUCCCGUUGCGCGCAAAGUCGUCUUUUGCCAGGAUGGGGCGCUCCGGUUCGAUCGGAAGCGUCGCCGACGACGACGACGACGCCGACGACUCGGACGACGACGAGGCGUUUAUUCAGCAAUACGUCGCGACGAUCAUCAAUCCUGCCGCAGCCGCCGCAGCCGCAGCCGCAGCCGCAGCAGCCGCCGCUGCAGCAGCAGCUGUUCCCGCACCUACUUUCGCAGGUUCCGCUCGAAAUGGUGGGGCUCAAGCGAGCAAGCUGGGGUUUCAUCCGCAGAAUCGGGGGUCACGGGGAGCGCGGACGCAUCGGCGCUGGCAGAGCUUCUCCGACGGUCACGUCCCCGGAGGGAAGUCUUCCCCCGUGGAGCGUUCCCCACAGUACGCUUUCACAAAUACUUCUUCGCGAAGGCCUGGUGCCUAUUUCGCGAGUUUUAGCGAGGAGCAGCUAGUUCCGGUUCGCGUUAGUUCAGCCCAGACGAAGUCUAUGAGGUCGCCAGAGAUGGGUUACUGGAUUCCUGUCGCCGCCUCUUUGCCCCCACAGCAUCGUCGGCGAAACAGCGUCGCCCCGAGUUCUGGCAUUUCGCGACAACGUUCAGGCGAGGAAGAUUGGGCGGUGCUGUCGCCAGGCGAACUCCAGAAGCUGCACGUUUCAAGCCCUAGGCAGACGAAUUAUGCGGUCGCGGGUUCGAAUCCUGCAGCAGUACCAGAACAUGCCUGGUCCCCUCAUAGCAACAUGAGGCACCAACAACCUAACUACUUAGGCCCUUCUGACACACCUCCUGUUGCAUCUAGGGUUCCACGUGAGCAGCAGAAGCCAAGAACUUUGGCUCAUCAGAGGUCCAAGAGCUUUGGUGCCAAGGAGCUUUCGUAUUCUAUUGGGUCUAACAGCCACUCCCCUAUUGGCCCAGUGGUGACUGGGAGAAUGGUAUUGGACAGAACAUGGCCUGCUACGGAGGCUCAGCAAUAUGGCUAUGGCUAUGAAAAUAGCGUCUAUGAGAGAAGAUAGGGUAAGCGUGAGCGUUUUGCUGAGUUCUACUCUUCAGCCCUCUAGUCUAGAAGUGGACUGACUGACCACGGCAAUUGCGUAGUUGUAUAUGUGUAUAAUUUUGCAAUAUUAAUUUAUUGAAUAAUGAUAUAGAUAACUAG